GGAUUGAACUGUGGUCUCGUAAAGGUAAGAAGGCAUCUUCCACAGAGGGCAAUUUGAUUUUUUUUUAAAUUAAGCAACAUUGAAGUGACAAACCAGUUUCCUUACGUUGAAACUGCUGAAGUAAUUCAUUUCCCUUUAUCACAUGGGCAAGAAUCAGCAUGACUCCUUCUUAGGAAAUUAACAAAAGCGAAAGAGAGAACCCAGUUUGAAACCGCACCUCCCAGAGUGCUAUGCAGGAAGUAAACAGCACCAGAGCCUCCUAAGAGAUUCUUCUUACAAAGAGAGAAAUCAAAAACAGUUGAGAAUCAUGAAAGUCAGAUUAUUCUUUGGUGUUCUGCUAUUACUAAAUCUUUUAAGUUCCUGUUAUUCUUAUAAGCCAAAUAUUUUGCCUGAUAUAGAAGAUACACAGUUUAUUAAGAAGUGCGUGAAUGCUCAUAACAACUUUCGGUCCAAGGUGAAUCCACCAGCCAGCAACAUGUUUCACAUGUCCUGGGACUCUGCUUUAGCUAAGAGUGCCAAAGCAUGGGCAAAGCGAUGCCACUUUGAUCAUAAUGUCUACCUUAAAGUACGUGGAAAAGUGCACCCUAACUUUACUCCAGUUGGAGAAAACAUCUGGACUGGCUCUCUCUCUCUUUUCUCUGUGAGUGCAGCUAUCAGCAAGUGGUAUAAUGAAGUCACAGACUACGAUUUUGAGACCCACUAUUGUACAAGAAUGUGUGGCCAUUACACCCAGGUUGUUUGGGCUACAAGUUACAAAGUUGGCUGUGCAGUUCAGUUCUGUCCUAGCGUUACAGGGUUCAAAGGACUCACCAAUGGAGCACAUUUUGUUUGCAACUAUGGACCAGCUGGGAAUUAUCCGACACAGCCUUAUAAAACAGGAGCAGCAUGUAGUGACUGCAAUGGUGAAAAGUGUGUGGACCAGCUCUGUGAAAAUCCAGAACGUGAGAAAUUGAAAAGUUACUCCAGUUGGUAUCCAGACUGGGACACCACUCCACAACCCAACCCUUCACGGUCCUCAUGUGACCAGUACUGUAUUACUGUUUUAGUAGUAAGGCUACUGUUUGUGUUACUGAUUUUUGGUGCUGUCUUACUAGUACAAUGGCAGUAUCCCCAGAUGUUUAUAUACGAGUAAUCUCCAUUUGCCUCCUAUUGUCAGUGUACAUAAGCAUUAGUACCAGCCAGGUUUCAGAGUAGCAGCCAUGUUAGUCUGUAUUCACAAAAAGAAAAGGAGUACUUGUGGCACCUUAGAGACUCACAAAUUUAUUUGAGCAUAAGCUUUCGUGAGCUACAGCUCACUUCAGCAGAUGCCAGUUUUCCUGGGCUGCUCAUGGUUGUUUGGGACAAGGAGAAAGAGGAGGAAGGUAUGUUAACUAUUCAGUGAAAACUAGACAUUUUGUACGUCUCUGCACCCCAGGCAUACCUCUUUGUUGUCCAUUCUUUUCCCUAAGAAGCACCUUAGAACAUAAGGCCAGAAGGUGACAGCUUUAGACAUUUCACUAUAACUGCCUUCUCCAAACAGUCACCAUUGUCAAGUAAUGAUCUCCCAUAAACACAUCAUGAGAAUCACCCCAGAUACCUUCCCUAAAGGGUUCUGCAGUUAAAGGAGGGUCAUUGCCAGUGGUAAGCUGGAGCCGGUUCGCAUCUGUUCCCGGGAACUGGUUGCUAAAUUUUGAAGCAGUUUUAGAACCGGAUGUUAAAAAUUGUUAGGAAAACAAAACAAAAUGAUCUUAAAACAAAUAAUCUUAAUCUUAUAAAAUGGUGUAGAAAAUAAUAGGGCAGGGGUUGGCAACCUGUGGCAUGCCUGCCAAAGGUGGCAGGCGAGCUGAUUUUCACUAGCACGCUGCUGCCAGCCGGGGUCCACUGGCCCCACUCAGCCCGCUGUCUGCCUGGGUGAACGGAACUGAGUGGGGCCUGCGGCCGGGACCCCAGUUGGCAGGAGCCAGGGGAUGGAACCCCAGAGCGGUGGCGGGUGAGCCGCUGCCGGUCUGGGGUUCUGUCCGCCACCCCACGGACAGUCUGGGGUUCCAGCUGCUGGCCCCUUGCUAGCUGGGGUCUUAGCCAUUGGCCCCACUCAGCCCACUGCCUGCCUGGGUGAACAGAACUGAGCGGGGCCGGCGGCCAGUACCCCGGCUGGCAGGGGACUCCAGCUGGCAGGGGCCAGCAGCUGGAACCCCAGACCAGCAGCAGGUGAGCUGCUGCCGGUUUGGAGGUCUGUCCGCCACCCUGCUCAGCCCGCUGCCUGACUGGAGUUCUGGCUGCUGGCUGCUGGCCCCUUGCCAGCUGGGGUCCCAGCCAGGCAGCGGACUGAGAGGGGCCAAUGGCUGGGACCCCAGCUGGCAAGGGGCCAGCAGCCAGAACUCCAGUCCAGCAGUGGGCUGAGCACGGUGACGGACAGAGUCUGGGGUUCCGGCCGCCGGCUUCUGCCAGCCGGGGUUCUGGCCAUCAGCCCAGCUUAGCCUGCUGUCAUUUCGGGUUCCAUGGGGGGCUCAGGUAAAUAUAAAAUUUAUAACUGGCACAGGAAACCUUAAAUUAAUGAAGACUUGUAAUACGCUGUACAAAAUAAAUGCAAAGGGACGCGGAAUUCUAGCAGUUAAAGAGCCUUUUCUACAACGGAUAGUUCAAAAUUUAUGUUGCUAUGCGCGUGUGCAUGUAAAGUCGCAGGCUGCGACUCAGUCGCAUCCAAGUUCAUCCUGACGCAAGACAAAUGUCUCGUUUAUUAUUUUACUAACAGGGGUUGCAUUUGCCUCGUUCGUGCACUUGCUCAACUGUUUUCUAUACAAUUAAACAUGACCAGUGAGUCAUAGUCGGUCUGUUUGUUUCUAGUAAAUUGCGUGUGAUAUUUUGGUGUGUAAUACUAACUGGACUGUUAUUCGAAGAUCAAAGUUUUCUAUUCAAUAUUAUUUACCCUUCAUAAUGAAAUUGCCAGAAAAGCAUUAGUGACUGGUUUUCCACUAAAAUGACAAAAUCAUUAGUCAGUAGUUCUAGUAAUGAAAAUAAUGAUUUAAAUACUGAAAAUGCCAAUGACAAUAAUUUUGGUGAUGAAAAUAUCUUAAAUGUUGAAUUAUCUGAAAAUGUGUCCGCAACGGAAGAGGAUUUACAUGAUUGUGAAAAUGUAGUACCCGAUUGUUGGACUUUCGAGCAGGCACAAUAUUUUUUAAAGAAAUAUAAUGGCUUGAUAAUUGAAGGCAAAAAACUUGGCUGUUCCCACUGUGCAAAUAUGUCACAUUUGGGGGUCCUUGGAGGACAAUCUUUACACAUUUCUUCAGAAUGGCAAAAAAGUGUACUAUUAAAGCAUCUGGAACUGAUAAAAGUUCAGCAAGCUUCAUUAACAAAAAGAAAGAAGGAACAUUUCGAAUCAAGCUCUUAUUUGAGAGUUGUAAAUAUUUUAAAUGAAUUUAAGAAAGAACUUCUCACUACAGUGAUUGAUAAAGUUACUGAAAAAAUAUUGCAAUAACCAACAAAAUUUUCAACAUGGUUUACAGCUUAGUAAAAAAAAACUGACCAAUUUCAGAUAUGGAGGAUGAAGUAAAGCUACAAAUUAAGAAUGAAACCGAUUUAGGGAACUGCCUACAUUCUUGAUUUUCGGCCAUCAGACUCGUAGAGCAUAUUGCUGAAUUAAUAAUAAAUUUUUAGUAAAAUCAUUGAAAACAAUUCAAAGAUUUGUAUUAUUGAUGAAGCUUCUACAAUUUAAAGUAGAACUGUGCUUGUAAUUCUUAUAAAAUGUGAAUUACAAGAUUCUUCACCAACAAUUUUUCUCAAUUUAGUGGAAUUAGAAUCAACAAAAGCAGAAAAUAUUUACAAUGCUUUGAGAAAUAUGUUAACCGAUACAGGAUUUGACACAGAAUAUUUAAAGAAAAAAUGGGAUCGGAUUUUGUUCUGAUGGCGCAAGCACCAUGCUUGGACAUAAAUCUGAAGUUGCUACAAGACUCAUUCAAGAUUUUCCAAAAUUACAAUUUGGCAUUGUUUGAAUCAGCAGCUACAACUGACUUUAGAUGAUGCUAUAAAUUACAUCAAUGAAAUAAGCCAUUUCAAGAUUUAUGCAAUUUUUCAUCAGUCAAAUAAAAGUCAGUUUGAACUUAAACAAGUUUCUGAAGAACUAUAUAUUGAAAUAAUCAAAAUAGGAUGUGUUUUUGGUCCACUAUGGGCUUGUAGCCUUGAGAGCUGUCAAAGCGGUCUGGAGAGCUUAUCCAGCUCUUUAUAUUUAUUUUUCCAAAAAUAAGAAAUGUUCUGGCAUGGAAAAAAAGAUUGAAAAACAAACAAAGAAUUUUUAAAAGACAUGGCAUUAAUGAUUGACAUUUUGGAUGAACUUGCAUUAUUAUCAAAUGCACUGCAAGCGAGACAAUUGAGUUUAACAAAGGCAGAUAAGCUAAUCAAACGAAGAAUUGAUUUUUUUCAUAUAAUUAAAAGAUAGUUUUGGUAUACAUGAAAAUAAAGUUAAUGAAACGAUAGAAAGUGAUGCUUUUAAAUGCAUAUAGAGUUUGAAGACAAUGUAAGGUUUAAAUCACUGCCACGAGACAAAGUAAUAAAGUGUAUUAUUGAAAAAAUGAAGGCAAGAUUAUUAAACGAAAAUCACAUUAAAUAUAAAGAAGAUCAUUUAGGUCACUCUAGUAAUACACCUAAAACAGUUGAAUUAUUCAAUGUUAUGGAUCCCACUUUGUGGAAUAUUGAAGAAGUCAGGUUACCUUGGAAAUCAGGAGAAGAAAAAGUGUAUGAAUUAAACAAAUUCAUAAAAUUUGUAGUCGAUUUAAAUGGAUUUUGUGACUAUGUAGAGAACAAACAUUCAAUCAAAACAUCUUCCUGAUCCGGAAAGGAAAGCAAAGCAAAUUAUGAACACAAUUGCAGUUAGUUCUGAAGAAGAAGGAGCUUUUUUGUUGAUGAAUAUUAUUUGUAGUGAUAAAAAGAUGAAUGUAACAAUUACACAUAUCUCAAGCUUUAUGACCAUCAAUUUGUUGGGAAAACCACUAAGUUCCUGGAACCCAAUACCAUAUGUUAAAGCAUGGUUGAGAAGUCAUCGAUCCGUGUUCAAAUACCAGAGUUUGUGUAUCCAACACCAAAGAUUAUGGAGAAGAUCAAGAAGCCAUUUGGAAAUUACUACCUAAUUAGUAAUAAAUAAUGUACUUAAAUAUUCUUUAAAAUAUUGCUUGUUGCAUUGUAUACUUCAACAUGAAUAUAUUAUACUUUUUAUUUUUAAUAACUUAAGUAGUUCACAUGUAAUAUUUUAAAAUACAAGAAUAGGCAUUUCAUUCUUAAAUAUUAUAGUUUGAUUACUCAUACAUCUUAUUUUCUUCUUUUCAAAUGUAUUUUAAAUUCAUCUAAGAAAGCAAUAGUUUGUUUCUAUUGUAAUAAACAUGUAAAAAUG